UCGUGCGCCUGUGGUUUCGACACAGCGGCAGGUUGGCACUGGACUGUGUCCGAGGGCAGAAGUUCGAGCUGGUAAGACGAGGAGACGUCUUUCGCGUUACAAAGGUGCAGAAUCAGACUCGUGCACAGUGCAAUGAGGCAGGAGACUCCAGCGUUGUCAGAAACCAGGAAAACGUUACAUGAAAUAUUAGCAGGGAGGGGGCUGCCAGUGUUAGAGAAAUGAUACUUCACUAGAUUUUAACAGUGCUGUGCUUUGCAAAGCAGCAAGGUAUUCCUACAACUGAAGGCUGUACCUUCACCCUUCCGACCAGGAGCUGUCUGAGGGAGGGCCACCCAGCAUGAAGGAGAAGAACGGCAUUGAUGACACAGCUGCAUUAUCACCAAAAUUUACUUUCAAUCCUAAGGAAGGGAUAGAUAAUCCUGCCUUGGUCAUAAAUGAUGACAUUGAACUGUCGGUCUUGAUCAAGCCCAGAGUAUGUGUCCUGAACAAGAAGAACAAUGAGGUGUUUGGCUUCUACCUACGAGCUGAAAAGGGGAAGCAAGGACACAUCAUCCGAGAAGUGGAGCCUGGAAGCCAUGCUCAGCUCGCUGGGCUCUAUGAUGCUGACAGGGUGCUGGAGAUCAAUGGAGAGUUUGUGGAUAACAUGGAACAUUCCAAGGUUGUAAGCAAAAUAAAGCGGAGUGGCAACCAAGUCACUUUCUUGGUGGUUGAUGGAGCCACCUAUGAAGAUGCAAAGAUGCAGAAUUUGAAUUUUGCAGAAAUUGUACAGGCUGAACAUGGAACUCAAUAUGGUAAACCACGACUCUGCUACGUAGAAAAACCCCCCAAUGGAUUUGACUUCCAGUUGUGCUCUCAUGAUGGUGUCAAAGGUCAAUUUACAUUGAGCAUCCAACCUGGGGGAGCUGCUGAAAAAGGUGGACUUCAGAUGGACGAUAGACUCAUUGAAGUUAAUGGAGUCAAUAUUGAGGGAUGCACUCAUCUACAAGUUGCCAGAAAGAUUAAAGACAGUGGAGACUCAGUGACAUUCCUCGUGGCUGAUCAGAAGACGGAUGCUUACUAUAGAGAAAAAGGCAUCAAGAUCAUUCCAGCCAUGGCCUGCUUGAAGCACUUGCCAUUCAGGACAAGGAAACUUUACUUAGUGAAAGGGAGUUGUGGCUACGGAUUCCUACUGAAAACUGAGAAAACAGCUUCAGGGACACUUGGUCAGUAUUUGUCAGAAGUGGAUGCUGGAAGCCCAGCCGAGAAGUGUGGGAUGCAGGAAGGAGACCGUUUGCUAAGUGUUAAUGGAGAGAAUAUUGAAGGGCUAGAACACAGUGCUGUAGUGAAGAAAGUCAGACAGGGUGGAAAUCAGGCUACCUUUGUUGUCAUCAGCUCUGAAGGAGACAAGUACUUCACAUCUCUGGGUUUGUCUCCUUUGAUUUGCGAUGAUGAAGAACAAGUGAACCCGAAGCAGACAACAGAAGAUCAAAGCAAGGAACAUCUACCACUUCAGCGAGCGAGUCCUUCUCCAUCCCAGGUGGCAGGAGAAAGAGAGUCUGUUCCCAAACCAAGGCUUUGCCAUUUGGUGAAAGGUUCCAAAGGAUAUGGCUUUCAACUCUACAGUAUCACUGAUGAACCAGGAGCAUACAUCCAACAGGUUAUACCUGACGAAGUGGGAUACAAAGCAGGAAUCAGGACUGGUGAUAUAGUGAUUGAGGUAAAUGGAAAGAAUAUAGAGAAAGUCGAUUACGAGGAUGUUCUUCUGAGAAUAAAAGAAAAUGAGGACCAAGUGACUCUUCUCGUCAUGAAUAAAGAUGAAUAUUGGCACUGCAAGGAUAACAACAUAGCAAUUAGCAAAGAGCCAGACAGUGAAGACAAUGAAAUGAAAACAACCAGGAAUCCAGAUAAAGGUAUUUUCUCCAGCUUUGACACCAAGAAUACAAGCCGAAGAAAUAGCAGUGGUCAUCCUGUUAAUAAGGCUUACAGACAAAGAAACUACAAAAAAGCAACCAGCUCUGCUAAAAAUUACUGAAAAUCCACUAAACAACUACAAACAGGUGAUUAUAUAAGCAUAUAAGCAAGCAUAAAAAAGCAAAGCUACGAGAAAAAUUACAAAUUAGACCCUAAUCUAAAAUAAGGCAUGAAUAGAAAAUCUGAAAGGGAGCAACGUACAGAAAGCUGGAGGAAGCAGAAUCAGAAACAGGUUUUUAUUAUCAUUGACAUAUGAUGUGAAAUUAGUUGCUUUGCAGCAACAGCACAAUGUAAUACAUAAAACAAGUAUUAUAAGUUACAAUAGAAAAUAUAAAAAACCAAUUAAGUAAUGCAGUGCAAAAGGAGAGCAGAAUAGUGAGGUAGUGUUCACAUGUUCAUGGACCAUUCAGAAAUGUGAUGGCUGAUGCACCAUCAAUAACUCACACUGAGACGUAGGCGAGAUAUCGGCUUUUAUUGACUGGAAGAAGGAACCAGGAGUGAGUGUCUAUCAUACAAGGUCUUGGAGACUGAGGCCGAGCUUCAGGCCGCAGGUCUCCUUUAUACAGGGGCCUGUGGGAGGAGCCACAGGAGCAGUCAGCAGGGGCGUGUCCCGACAGGCACAUAGUUCACCACAAUGGCAAAGGCAAAGAAGCAAGCAGCAUCUACGGAGGGAAAUAGACAGUUGACUUUUUGGGUCGAUUGGCACUUACGAAAGGGGCGGGAGUGAAGAUCUUCAGAAACUGGAAGGCGAUAAAUAAGCUGGAAGUGACAAAGCACUGAAGAUGAUGGAAUUUGACAGGAGAGGAAGGUGGGCCAUUGAAUAAAGGAAGGGAGAUGGGAAGGGUAAAAGUGGGGGAAGGUGAACCAGUGGAUGGAGAGUGUUCUGAAAGAGAGUUCAUGAAAAACUCCUUUAGCCAAAUAGUGGCAAGAAUGGGAAGCUCACUUCCAAAGGUAAACGGCAGACAUGUUUUUAAGAAGAAGCAACAACAACAUGUAAUUGGGGGAAAAGCAAGGAAAAAAUAACAUAUUACUCAGGAGAGGAGAGCCUGGUGAAAUAUUGGCACUUUGUGAAUAACAUACGGUGGUUGUCCGUCAUGUCUGGCGAUGACAGGAAACCUGUGCAGAAGAGUUUUUAAAGUGGAAAUGCCAUUGCACUGGGGCAGUUCCCCUCUCUCAACUUCAGAAGUCUGGGCCCAGUGGUACAAACAAGCAACACAAACUGGGGUCUUUCUUGUUUGCAGUGAAUGACCAUGACACCUUCUCUGCCUUGUCAUGCUCUUCGCUCUCCACAGAGCGUAGCAGUACUGCCUUCCUGGCCGUUGCAUCUUACGUAGAUCUAAUCUGCCCAGACCUCCAGAGCUGACUUUGCAUGCUGGGACAGGAAUGUCCCUAUCUCACUGGGGUAUGAAGCUCUGGCUACCUUCAACUGUUUUAGACUGCCUGUCAAAGCGGUGUACCGGGGUGUGGCCACUGUUGCAUGCAAACAGCUACUUGGAGCCACAGGUGAGAGCUCAGUAUCCAGUGGGGACCAAAGGUGAGUGAGCUGCCCCAGAAUGGACAUGACAAGCUCCUUCACCAGAUGUGCUCCCCUCCCUAGAUGCUCCAUACACAGAAAAAUGGGAAAAUACUUUUACACUGUACACUAUACUUCAAUUUUAUCCCUUGUCAAACUGCUUGCAAAAUUAAUUUUUCUUUAUUCUUGUUCCAAAACAGGGUUCCAGACCACAAGACAAUAAAUAAUUUUGGUGAAGUUUUGUGAUUUAAUAAAGUACUCCAAGCAGCUA